UGGCCAACUACCGGUCCGCAACUCGUCUUCUUUCCCUCCAGAAAUCCCUAUAAAUUCAAACCCUAACUCCAUCGAAGUCCAAAUCAAGCUCUCAUCUCACAUUCAAUCUUCCAUUUUCGCUUUUUUCUUCGAUCAAUCGAAGCCACACUCCAUUUUUUUUUUUCUUUUUUUCUCCUUAAUCCGCUCAGGUAUGGGGUUUCGUCUUCCAUCGUCUUUGAUCCCUCAGGCCAAGCAAUUGCUAAGGAGGAGCUCGGGAAAUCCGUCGGCUGUUCCGAAAGGUCACGUUGCCGUUUACGUUGGAGAGUUCGAGAGGAAGCGAUUUGUGAUUCCGAUUUCGUAUUUGAAUCAUUUUUCGUUUCAACAGCUUCUCAGUCGAGCAGAGGAAGAGUUUGGAUUUGAUCAUCCAGAAGGUGGUUUGACGAUUCCUUGCGGAGAAGAUGCGUUUGUCGAUCUCACUUCUAGAUUGCAAUCCUCUUAAGUUCAUGAAGAACUAGGUUGAUUCUCGAUUUUUUUCCAUUGGCUUUUUUUUUUGGAGAUCCAUCGUUGUUGCUUUUUUUGCAUUCUGAUUGAUGUUAGAAUGUUGAUGGAAUCCAAUCACAUUGCCUUUGGUUGUGUAAUGAGUGGUGUUGGAAUGGUGAUCUUUUCACCAGAAGUUUAUGUAAUACAAAUUGAACUGUUCUGUCA